CGCGAGCAACAGUUGCUCGCCAGCGCGCAAACGUGACGGACGUCCGCAGCUGAAAUUCGGCAAAUAAAGAGCUUUUGACAGCAAGUGCGAGUGUUUGCUCCGCCGCGAAAGCCAAGAUCAAGUGUUGCACAAAAAGUGGUCGUUGUUGUCGUUGUCGUUGUUGUUGUUGGUGUUUGUGUUUGUGUUGUUUUUAUUGUUAUUGGUUUUGUACGGGUUUCGUUAUUUUUUGGGCGUUUCGCGCGUACACCGCUAAUUUUAACAUAUGCAUAGCAUCCGGCAUUAUGCCGCGACAGCUGGUUGUGCAUUGAAAUUGAAAUUGAAAUUGAAACAGAAAUUGAAAUCGAAAUCGAGAGUGUGAAGCGAGUCCGAGUGCAACAACCCGCUGCAACAUCUGUGGCCGCUGCAUUCAUAUUUAAAUAAAUAAAAGCUAAAGUCAACAAAAACGGCGCGAAUUGCAUUUUGUUUAUAAAUGUCAAAGGCACGAAAACCUUGACCCACACAGUAAAUAUUUGUGAAGAGAGAGAAAGAAAUAUACAUACAUAUAUAUGUAUGUAUAUCUGUACACUUGCUCAUAGAUUCCAACUUAUAUAAGAGCAAUUGACACAAAUCAAAGUGAAGUGCGUUCCACACUGAGAGAAAUAACAAAUAUGAUUCGGCGGCUUCUGUGUUUGUGGCUCAGCUUCAGCGUUUUCAUUGUGGAUUUUGCCGCUAGUCAAAACGCUGCAGUUGUUGCUGCCGCUGUCGCUGCGGGCCAAAAUCAAUCUCAAGUCUAUGUCACAGACUCUUGCCUCGAGAAGCCGUACCGCUGCCCGCACCCGAAGAUCCAGUUCUACCUGUACACGCGGCGCACCCAGGAGGAGCCCGAGUAUCUGGAUGUGCUCGAUCCGAACGCCCUCUACUACACACACUUCAAUCCGCGACACCCCACCAAGAUCAUCAUCCAUGGCUUUGGCGGCGGUCGCAUGCUCAGCCCCAGCCCGGACCUCCGGGAGGCGUACUUCAGCAUCGGCGAGUACAACAUCAUCAUCGUGGACUACAGCAACGCGGUGAAGGAGCCCUGCCUGAGUCAAAUGGAGUGGGCGCCGCGCUUCGGCAGCCUCUGCAUCUCGCAGCUGGUCAAGUACCUGGCGCGACAUCCGCGCGGCGUCCAGCCGGACGAUCUGCACUUCAUUGGCUACAGCGUGGGCGCCCACAUCGCGGGCCUCGUUGCCAACUACCUGAAGCCCGAGGAGGGCAAGAUCGGGCGCAUCACGGCUCUGGAUCCCACCAUAUUCUUCUAUGCGGGUGCGAACAACUCACGCGAUCUGGACACGAGUGAUGCGCACUUUGUCGAUGUCUUGCACACGGGCGCCGGCAUCCUGGGACAGUGGCACUCGAGUGGACAUGCCGACUUCUAUGUCAAUGGCGGUACCAGGCAGCCAGCGUGCGUCGGCUCUGCCACGUUGUUUCAAACUUUGGCCUGCGAUCACACCAAGGUCACGCCGUACUUUAUCGAGUCGAUAACAACGAAGCGAGGCUUCUAUGCGGGGCCCUGUCCGAAUCUGUUCACCUAUCUGAUAGGAUGGUGCGAGCCCAAGGACUCGGAGUAUGUGCUCAUGGGCGAGCACUGUUCGCACAAAGCACGUGGCAACUACUAUGUGACGACGAAUGCGAAGGCGCCCUUUGCACGCGGCUUUCCGGGCAAGGGGCGGGCCAACGGGGAGUACCAGGGCGUAAGGCGCUGAUCGGCUGGUUCGAAUCGAGUUUACUCUAUAUACAUAGACAUAUAGUAUGUUCGAUGUAGCACUCAUGUGAUUUUAGUUCGUUGUCUCCUAAUUACGUGUACUUGUAUUUAUUUCCCACUCGUUUCAUCUUAGUUUUUACCAUCCGCCGCCAUCGUCGUCGUCCGCGCCUCGUACAAAUCGAAAUCUAAUCAUUAAAUUUAGCUAAAAAUCAAUAAAAAAAAUACAC